AUGAUCCGCGCGGGGGCGGCCGCCCUGAGGGCCUGGAGCCGGGGCCGGGGCUGGGCCGCGCUCUCGACGGCGCCUCCGGCCGCGCCUGCGGUCCCUGAGCCCCGCAAGGGACUGUCCCCAGAGGAGCCCCCGGUGGCGUCCCCGGUGCUGAGGAGCUGCAGUGUCCCCGUGCCGUCCCCGCUGUCCCCCGUGCAGGCCUGGGUGGGGUCCCUGCGCCACCCCCAGGACACGCUGCGGGGCCUGGCCGACCUGCACCCCGACGUCUUCGCCGUCACCCCCAGGCUGGACAUCCUGCACACGGUGGCCACGUGGCAGAAGAACUUCAGGAGGAUUAGCUAUGCCUGCGUGCGCACCCGGGCCGAGGUGCGGGGCGGUGGCCGCAAGCCCUGGCGGCAGAAAGGCUCCGGGCGCGCCCGGCACGGCUCCGUGCGGUCCCCGCUGUGGAGGGGAGGUGGCAUCGCCCACGGCCCACGGGGCCCCACCAGCUACUUCUACAUGGUGCCCAUGAGGGUGCGGGUGCUGGGGCUGAAGGUGGCCCUGAGUGUGAAGCUGAUGCAGGAUGAGCUGCACGUGGUGGAGAGCCUGGAGCUGCCCAGCAGUGACCCCCAGGAGCUGCUGGAGCUGGCACGGGCACGGCGCUGGGGACACUCCGUGCUGCUGGUGGACACCAAUGAAUUCCCAGAGAACAUCAGCGCUGUGGCCGAGGGGCUCAAAUCCAUCACCCUCAUCCCCGCCCUGGGGCUCAACGUGCACAGCCUGCUCAAGCACCAGACGCUGGUGCUGACCCUGGACGCCGUCGCCUUCCUGGAGCAGCGGCUGCUGUGGCACGACUCGCGCUACUCACCCCUGGUGCCCUUCUCCCUGCCCCACCGGGACCUGCCCGGGGCCGCCUGAGACCCCCCAGGCGGGAUUUGCCCCUCUUGGGUGGGAUUUGCCCCCCCGGCUAGGAUUUGUCCCCCCCAUGGGGCAGAUCCUGUCAGGAAAGGAUUUGGGGACACCGCGGCACAAUGAGGUUUUGUCCG